AUGAUUCGUCUAAACCCAGUUAUCCAUCCAGAUACAAAAAACAAACGGUUUAAGUUUGAAGGCUUCUUACGCAAAGAAUUCAACUUCGGCUUGGAUCCUGACAGGCCCAUCUGUCAAUACUACAGACCAAACCAACCGGAUUCAUGUCCCAAUGGUCCAUUUUGCCCCAACAAGCAUGUUCCCGCAAUGUACAACAACAAAAUCGUGUGCAAGCAUUGGUUAAGAGGACUCUGUAAGAAAAAUGACCACUGUGAGUUCUUGCACGAGUACAAUCUUCGAAAAAUGCCCGAAUGUCUCUUUUAUUCCAAGAAUGGGUAUUGUACCCAGACUCCCGAGUGUUUAUACUUACAUAUUGACCCACAGCAGAAAAUCCCCGAGUGUCGUCAGUAUGAAAUGGGGUUCUGCCCUGAGGGUCCUAGCUGCCCUCACAGACACAUCAGAAAGAUCAUGUGUCCAUUAUAUUUGUCAGGUUUCUGCCCCAAAGGGUAUGAAUGCGAUUAUAGUCAUCCAAAGUUCGACAAUCUUCCACCCAAACUACGUGUGGAACAUAAGAGACUAGUGAAGGGAGAAACUAGGAUGUUGGAGAAGAUCUCCUACGAUCAGCCAAUCACCGAGGUCAGGAAUCCAUAG